AUGAAGUACUUGGUGUUUGUGCUCCUGGUGGCUGCCGCUUGCGCUUCUGAGAUCGAGAAGCGAGAGGCGGAGCCAAGUCGUGCCUACAGCUAUGGCCACGGUGUCCAGCAGCACGCCUACUACCCACGCACCUACUACCACACCUACCACAAGAGGUCCGCCGUGCCAGAAGCCGAAGCCGAGCCUUCGUACAGUUCCUACCACUACCCAGGUUACUACCGCCCCUAUUCCUACGGCUACCACAACACUCCCUACGUCCACCACCACCACAAGAGGUCCGCCGAGCCCGAGGCUGAAGCAGAGCCCUCUUAUGUACUCGUCCACUACUACCGCCCCUAUUCCGACGGCUACCAACCACAUCAUUACACUCCCUCCGUCCACCACCACCACAAGAGGUCUGCUGACCCCGUUGCUGAUGCUGAAGCUAGUUAUGGCUACAGGUCAUACCAGCCCGUGUAUUACCACUCCUACCAAUACACACCAUACACUCACAGCCACUACAAGAGAUCUGCCGAGCCAGAAGCUGAUCCUAGUUUCAGCUAUGGUCACCACCACCAGACCGUGUACCGUCCCUACCAUAGCGGAGCUCACUAUGGCUACGGCUACCACACUCACCACUACUAA